CGCCGCCGCACCUGCAGUUCAACAAGUUCGUGCUGACAGGCUACCGGCCGGCCAGCAGCGGCCCUGGCUGCCUGCGCAGCCUCUUCUACCUGCACAACGAGCUGGGCAACAUCUACACGCACGGUGAUUGAAUGGAAACUUGCCUGCGAUUUGACCCACACCCAGGCGCAUCAUUCCGCAGUUACUAAGGGCAAAAUCCAAAAGAGCUUCUCAGAAACUCAGAUCUGCCUUCCAAGUCUUAAGAAGUCAAACUUUCAGCUGAAGGAGACCCAGGGGUCCGGAGGGCUAGAGGGCUGAGCACACCAGAAAAGCAGCAGUGUGGAUGCACAGUUGAUACUUGGCCCUGCGGCAGGAGCGUCACAUGCAGGCGCUGUGAUGUCAUCUCUCUCUGACAGGAAAGCUCCCACCCAAGGUGGCCUGGGCUCAGGUAACCAGGCGGACAUCCUGUCUCAAUGGACUCUUAUACAGCAGCUCAGGAGUGGUAUCAGGAAGCCAACUUGACCUUGAGGAACCUCUGAGAGCCUGCGACCCACCGGUAGGAAAGGCAGUGUAUGAGUUUACUGUGUCUGGUCGAACAAAUCCCCACAAACUGGGGGGCUUCCAAUAACAGAAACGUAUUCUCUGGUGAUUUUGGAGGCCAGGUGUCCAAAACCAAGGCCAUGCUCCCUCCCAAGGUUCUAAGGGACGGUCCUGGUGGCCCCUGGUGUUCCUUGGCUUGUGGCUACACCCUUCCAGUCUCUGCCUCUGUUGUUAGAUGGUCUCUACUGGGUCUGUCUCAAAUCUCCCUGCUCUUUCUUUUGUAACAGCUGUCCUUGGAAGCAGGGCCCACCCUAAAAAUCUGAUCUUGAGAUUUUUAACUUAAUUACAUCUGUAAAGACCCUUUUUCCAAAUAAGGUGACACUCAGAGCUUCCCGGCCUUAGGACCUGGACAUAGCUUUGGGGGCCAUUUCCCUGUGGGGCUGGCCCAGCUCUCCUUACUGUCUUAGCCCCUCUCCGUCGCUGACCUGGAGCUUUGGGCGCCCUUGGGACCUUCAGGCAGGAGCCAAAUGUAUUAGAACCUUGAUGAAGUUCUCACUGUCAUAGGAAGAAAAUGGAAGCAGUGUUUUUCUCCUUUUCUGAACUACGGCCACAUUCCCAUUCCUGCCGGCUUGCUGCUCCCUCCACCUCCUUUACAUCCCUAGCUCCCCUCCCCUCUAAGAAUCAGACCGCAAAAAAGGAAGGACAAGGCCUAAUGUGUCCUCUGAAAGCAGACUGCAUAAAGAGGGACAACUCCAGCCCUGACUCUGCAUGGGUAACUCCUGAUGCUUGAAAGCCAACAAUUGCAAGGGAUAAAAAUAAAGUCAGCUGCCACCCAGUCAGUGGAGUCUGCACAGGUUUACAAGUGAAAUUGCCAGUAUGCUGUGGUCCCGAGUCGGUACCUAUAGUGUUGCUCAAGGUGUGUGAGCACUUGACACCUGGGCAAACGCCUGCAGCAGCCCUGGAGGUAGGCAGGGCCGACGCCCCCCUCCGCUUGGCAGUCAGGAGGCUCCUGAGAUCAGGGCAAGGGUGAGAGGUCUGAUCCAAAGCACAUGAAGCUGCCCACUGCAGGUGGCGAGCAAACAGUGCCUUCUGCACCAGGAACACAACGCUGUGAAAGGGAAUGGGAGGGCGGAGGGCGGCUUCCCAAGUAAUCAGAUCCAGGUGCACUGUGGAGACUUCUCAGCGCGGAGCCCGGAGGAGGGGGUGAGGAGGCAAUGGCUGGUUGGGGAGAGGUGGGCGGAAUGCAGGUGGGGUGGUGCGGGGGAGACUCAGCUGGGGUGGUAGGGGCUCUGCUGCGCUGCCUUUGAAGAAAGGGGCACCAGGAGGCCCGGCUUAGCCUUCCUGAGUGCUGCUGGCCGGCCUGGGCAACGAGCCGGGCUUUGAAGUCUGUCUGGGGUGUGGCGGGCUUGUCCUGUUCACCGGGUGCACACUCAGCCUACUGGUUCAUCAGCGCUCCAGCCUUGUGUCCUUGUCUGUGAAACAGGGGUAGGAAACCAGUGAGAAAUGUAUGGAAUCUGCACCUUUUGGUUUGGGGCUUGGCUUUUGUACCUAUAAAGUUGGGGCUUUGGGCACCUUCCCAGAGCAGGAGCAGUACUGCCCCUGAAGGUGUUGAGCCGCCCCGUGCCCACCCCUGUACGCUUCCAGGCACCACCGUGGCUCUCGUGACCGUUAGCUCCACUCUCACUGGGUCACCGUUCCCCUAAAAGGAGUGAGACGGGAUGGGUAGUUGGCCACCUCCACCCACCCCCAUCUAAGCUGAGGCCCAGUUUCUUCUGCAGUUGAGCUUCCCGCCCCUCCGCUCUCCCAGAGAGAACAAAGGCCAGGUCCAGUUCCGUCCCUCCCUGAAGGUAGUGAGCGGGAGGCCCCACUGCCCUGUGCCUCUGUUUCCCUCCCCCACCUCUCUCCCCAGCAGACCGGAUGGGGGUGGGGAUUCAAAUGGACCUGUUAAAGUGCCAUUGAGAUGGUAACUGGUAACUGCACCUGGGAGUCCCUACCUCCAUAUCAAUAGCAUUCCAGCCCAAGUGGCAGUCCCUGCCUAGACUCAACUUUAACCCUUUAGUCCCCAGGUCCUGAGGGCAGGAGGUGUGGCUGUCUUGGGUGCCCCGGGAUGUGUCCUCUGCCUCACACCCACUCCAGCGGGUGGCUCCUCCAGUUUUGCCGGUUCUCCUGACAAUUUUUCCACUUUUAGGCUGUGGGGGGAAGCUGAAGCCCCUGGGCCACCCUGGAGGCAGGUCCAGCAGGGAUGGUAUCUCAGGGUGAAGAGUGAAAGGGGGGGGUGUCUUCGUUCCUGGCGCCGGCCAACCCCUGGCAGUGCCGGGUCUCCCUCUUUGCUUGAAUGUAGAGAUGUUAGGCCAAAGAGGGAUUGGGGUCUUAAAAAGGCAGGGUCCUCUUAGUGUCAUCUCUGGCCACAGCAUUUACCAGGUGUGUGCAGCCCCCCACAGGCCGCAUGACAAGGUGGGGGAUUUAAGCUGCCUGGGGUACUGGUGGGUCCUAGAAGUGGGCCUGACUGCAGGGUGACCAACCGUCCUGGACAAAUCAGGAGGCAGGAGGCCGGCUUUCUCUGGCCCUGGGGAGAGGAAAGCCCCUGGGCUAGGGCUGCCCAGGGUGAGAGUUCUUGUGGCCGUGUCGGUGGACCCUUUCAGAGACCUGGGCCACUGCUGCCUUACACCUGCUCGAACCUGUGCAACUGGAUUCCUUGAGGCCCGGAAGACUGCAGAGGGAACCCACUGAAGGCUUACCUCUAUUUUCCCUUCUCAGCCACCUCCUCCCCCAAUGAAAUCUGAGGCCCAGGGGCUGGUUGAGCCAGACAAAUCCCCCAAGAUUCCGGCACCCAACAGCCAGCAAGGGGGGAGGGUCUGGCUAUCUUCCAGCCCACAGGCAUCAGCCCCUCCAGCCUGCGUCCACGUGGCCAGGGUGACCAGGUCAGCGCCUCGUGCUGGAAGUGCAGUCCUGUGGGAUGCACUGGGCAUGGAGGAAGCCCUAACCUUUUUAGGAGGAGAGGCUCUCAAGAUUUUUGGGGUCACCAAAAUCCAAAGAAUGCUAAACCCACCCCCUGAAGCAAUGACCCUCUGGAAAUGAGAAUCCUUUGUGAAUAAAGCCCCACUGAACAGAUGAGGAGGCAUUUAGCACACACACCCCUUCCCUGCCCUACAGGCGUUCACGGGGGCCUCCCAACCAUGCCCGCAGUGGCUGGUUAUCCAGCUAACGGUGCUUGGGCCUUCUCAGGGGCAGGGUGCAAGUGAGGCUGUGAAGUGAGGGCCCACCUCUGCCUUUGAGUCUUCCCCGCCACUCUGAAAUUGUGUUAAUGGCAGAAUUUUCAUCAGGCCCUGCUUUUCCCUUAGUCCUUAGCACCCAGGGAGGUGCCUGAGGGAGCUCACGACUCCCCCAUAAAAUUAGGGCUUGUGUCUGGGUUCCACUAGGUUUCUCAAAGGGGUCUUUGACCCAAGGAGGUUAAGUUCCUUAACUUACCCUGAUCUGUCCAGCACUGGCAGCAGGGGACAGGGUAGGGGAAACAGGGGGUGAAGGCAGGAUUUGAGCUGUAGUUUGUGUGACUUCCAGCCUGCCCCAAUGGCAGGGGGUGUCAUAGGCUCCUAGGGGGUCUCCAUGAGAGGCUCUUUCCUGAGAGCUGUGAUACAGGGUUUAGGGAUGCCUCAGAGGCACCCCCACCUCCACCCAGUGGUGUCUCGUCCAGAGCGAUCCCUCACUGCUGGUGGAAGAUAGGCGGGUCCUGGGCCGUCACCCCACCCACACAUGGCUCCUGUCCUCUCUACCCAGCCUUUCAUCCCAGCCCCCAUGUUCCCCUCCUCCACCCCAACAACUGGUUCUUUCUUCUCUGGCCCCUGGAGGCCUCCAGCAGCUUAACUUGGCCCCCAGUUUCAGCAGCGGGGGUGGGGAGGGCACACCUGAGCUGAACUAGAAGUGGAGGAUGGUUUUCUAGGCCGUUGCCUGGGUGAUGCCACCUGAGCUGGGUGCCAGGCACCUGUUGCCCAGGGAACAGUGCGGCGCCCCUCCCUUGGGUGCACCAGGGCCACUGGGCUGAGACAGGAGACAGAUCAGAUUCCAGAGAGUCCUGGCCAGGUAGGGGGACAGGCGGGGGUGUGCAAUACUGGGGAAGCUGGGGUACAUUUGCAUCAGAAACAGAAUGGGGGACAGGAGGGAAGCUGGAAGAUGAGGCGGCUCAGGAAAGCAGCCGAGCCCCCAUACCCCAUCCUGACCAAGUUACUUCUUUAACAUGCCCCCAUCCUUACUCUCCGGCUGGUCCUCCAUGUCCCCAUUCCUUUGUUCCUGCAUUUCCACUUGCGCCGAUCUUCCUUCUCCUGCGUUCCUUCCUAUUCGCGGCACCCCCCACAUCACCCCUGAGGACCUCCAUCUUGCCCCCACCCUCGCCCCCGCAGCUCUGGCUGUCCCAGUGGGGCACUCGCUCCUCCCCUGCCUCAGCCGUAAAACCCCGCCUGCAGCAGGGAGCCAGCGGAGUCCCGGUUGGCACUCACCGCGGGCGGGCGGCUUCCCGCUCCACUGGUGGGUCAGACAGGUGGAGGCUAGGACCUGACUGCACGGUGGCAGGACCAGAAGUCCUGGGCAUCUGAUGGGUGACGGGACCCUUGAGAGGACACCAGCUACUCAGCUACCAGCUGAGCAGGACCGUGAGAUUCAUUUCUGUUCAUCGAAUAUCGGAGACACAGCUGUGAGAGGCCCACAGAUGUGAGGACUACCCUGGCGGGAACACCGACACCCUCCCACUGUGCACCGAGCACCCCCCCCCACUCAGCUCUGAGUCAACCAGGCUUCCCAGGGUUGAGAAGAUCUAACUGAAGGGCAGAUGGCUUCCACUGGCCUAGAACUCCUGGGCAUGACCCUGGCCGUGCUGGGCUGGCUGGGGACGCUGGUGUCCUGCGCCCUGCCCCUGUGGAAGGUGACUGCCUUCAUCGGCAACAGCAUCGUGGUGGCCCAGGUGGUAUGGGAGGGGCUGUGGAUGUCCUGCGUGGUGCAGAGCACCGGCCAGAUGCAGUGCAAGGUGUACGACUCGCUGCUGGCGCUGCCCCAGGACCUGCAGGCUGCCCGGGCCCUCUGCAUCGUUGCCCUCCUGCUGGCCCUGUUCGGCCUGCUGGUGGCCAUCACAGGAGCGCAGUGCACCACCUGCGUGGAGGAUGAGGGCGCCAAAGCACGCAUUGUGCUCACCGCGGGAGUCGUCCUCCUCCUCUCGGGCAUCCUGGUCCUCAUCCCCGUCUGCUGGACGGCCCACGCCAUCAUCCAGGACUUCUACAACCCCUUGGUGGCCGAGGCCCUCAAGCGGGAGCUGGGGGCCUCUCUCUACCUGGGCUGGGCAGCAGCCGCCCUGCUUAUGCUAGGUGGGGCCCUCCUCUGCUGCACAUGCCCCCCGCCCCAGAUUGACCGGCCCCGAGGACCGAGGCUGGGCUACUCCAUCCCCUCUCGAUCGGGCACAUCAGGUUUGGACAAGAGGGACUACGUGUGAGGUGGAGGGAGGCCCAGAAACCUGUUGCUCAGAGCCUUCAUCUUGUACUGGAUGCCGCGCCCUAGCCCUUACCUUUCAGUCAGCCCCUCUCCCAAGUGAAGCCACAUUCUGUAAGUUCCAGCCAGGCCUGGCUGCAGGGCUCACCUCAGCUGGCCCAGCUGGGUCCAGCCCCUCCUCAGAGGGGUCCCAACUAUGUCCUGCCCCCAUUUCCACCCAGGCAGGGCCAGAGCUGAUGGGGCAGAUUGGCGUACCCCUGCCUGUCUCUUCCCAGUUGUUUUCUACGGUCCAGGACUUAGACCAGCCCCCAUUCUCUUCCUGAGGCCUCCCUGCUCGGGCAUCCUGGGCCUCACAAGGGCAGUAGCUCCAGGGCUGAAAACGGAGUGGACAUGCUCUUCCUGCCCUGGAGCUGGUCUCCUCCAGCCUGGCCACCACCUGCAUCCAGAGGCCAGGACUGGAGGCCCAGCCCAUCAUGCUACCCUACCCUUACCUUCAAAGUCAGGAAUAAAGAGCAUUUGUAUCUUG